AUCCUUAGAUUAGAUCUCUUCACCACCCAACACAACACAACAUAAGACAAGACAACAAUGUUUUUGUUUAUCCCAUUUUCUCACGACAUUGCCACCAACCAGUUACUCUAGAUUGGUGUUUCAACUUUUCAACUUUCAUGUUUGAAUCAAUACUUCUAACAAAAGGUUAUUUUGAAAAACCGGUAUUGCUUCUUCUCAUUGCAUGUGUGAAUUUCUUAACCAAUUUGAUACUGCUCAUGCAAUAUCAUUCAAGAGAAUCAAGACCUUCUGUAAAUUGCUAAUUAUAGGUGUGGACUAGAUUCUCCUUCAAUCGGUAGGGAUUUGCGUGUACCAAGUUCAAUAAGCUUAUUAGGUUUUGCUCCGAGAGCGGAGAAAUAGAGCAUCUAAAUUAUUUUAGAUGGGGCAUUCGGCAGCUGUGUGGGACUUCAGAGCAGCAACUGAAUUUACAAAGGACUGGAAUGGAAUCGAUCAAGUUGUACUUCGGACCCCACAAGGCGCUUCGGCACGGGUAAGCUUACAUGGAGCGCAGGUCACUUCAUGGCGUAAUGAGCAGGGGGAAGAACUGCUAUUCACAAGCUGCAAGACACUUUCGAAGGCGCCAAAAGCAAUACGAGGAGGAAUUCCAAUAUGUUUUCCACAGUUUGGAAACUGUGGAUCGCUGGAGCUGCAUGGAUUUGCAAGAAAUAAAAUGUGGGCAAUUGACGAGAAUCCUCCUCCUCUGCCUCCUAAUGAUUCCAGUGGAAAAUCCUUUGUCGACCUGCUACUCAGAUUAUCUGAAGAAGAUGUGAAGUGCUGGCCACAUAGUUUUGAGUUCCGCCUUCGAGUGUCUCUUACAACAGAUGGAGACCUAACCCUGAUAUCACGAGUGAGGAAUAUCAAUGCCAAGCCAUUUAGUUUCUCAUUUGCAUACCACACAUACUUGUUGGUUUCUGACAUAAGUGAGAUAAGGGUUGAAGGUCUUGAGACACUUGAUUACCUGGACAACCUUUCCCAAAAAGCACGAGUUACAGAACAAGGAGAUGCUGUAACAUUUGAAUCCGAGGUGGAUCGUGUUUAUCUUAGCUCCCCAAACAUAAUCGCAGUUCUAGAUCAUGAGAGGAAACGAACAUAUAUUAUAAGAAAGGAAGGUCUCCCUGAUGUUGCCGUGUGGAAUCCAUGGGAGAAGAAAUCGAAGUCGAUGGUGGACUUCGGUGAUGAAGAGUACAAACAAAUGCUUUGUGUAGAUGGUGCAGUUAUAGAGAAACCUGUGAACUUGAAGCCUGGAGAGGAGUGGACAGGGAGGAUUCAACUCUCAGUUGUGCGAUCAAGUUUUUGUAGUGACCGUCUAGGUCUCGACAGAAGUGGUAUUUGAGAGGAUGGAAUUGUACAAAAUUUAAUCUUAUCAAAGUUUGUUAAUUACAUUUAGCAAUGUAGCAUUUAAGUUAUUACUUGUAGUAAAUAGUAGUGCUUUGUAUUGAGUAUCAGGUUUUCUCUUAAGUGUUCUUUUCAUGCUGCAAAUUCUAGUUCUAGAAAGAAAAGCCUAUGUUUUUGUUAUAAUGGCUGCAAAUUUAGGAUAUAUUUUAAUUA